AUGCCCGUCAUCGAUCAAAUUAAACAUUUCAUCCGUCACGGCAAACAAGCUAAACAAAAAGGACAAUAUGACAUCCAAGGAGCUGCAAACUCUGUAGACAAGAAAGCUGACGUGAACAAAGAGACGAACAACAACGACUUUCCCAAGGACAAUGAUUUCAACACGGCUACUGUAGUCGAGCAGAUUGUAGCCGAGGAGAGAGAGGAAAAAGGUAAACUGCCUGUAUAUCCCGGUUUAGAGAGAUACCAGUUGAUUGAGAAAAUGGGAGAAGGCGCAUUCAGCAAUGUUUAUAAUGCCAUUGAUAAAGCGACUGGUCAAAAAGUAGCAAUAAAAAUCGUUCGUAAAAGGGACUUUAAAGAAUCGGCGACCCAUCUUCACAAGGAUUUAAAAAAGAAACCGAAAAUGACUGAGCAGCAUGCAAACAUUCUCAAAGAAGUCCGAAUCAUGCGACAACUUAAUCACCCUUCUAUAAUCUCGUUAUACUCAUUCAGCGAGUCGAAUGAUUACUAUUACCUAGUGCUCGAGCUCAUGGAGGGCGGAGAGCUGUUUAAUCAGAUAGUGAAAUUAACGUAUUUUUCAGAAAAUUUAUCGAGGCAUGUCAUUGUUCAGGUCGCUGAAGGAAUUAGGUAUUUACACGAAGAAAAGGGUAUUGUCCAUCGCGACAUCAAACCCGAAAAUCUUCUCUUUACUCCAAUUCCCAUAACCCCAUUCAAUGUCCCUCCGCCCCCACCAAUUCCGGGGGAUGAGCCAAAGGUACCAGAAGGCGAAUUUAUACCCGGAGUUGGUGGCGGUGGAAUCGGGCGGGUAAAGAUUGCAGACUUUGGUCUUUCCAAGGUCGUAUGGGACCAGCACACAAAGACGCCGUGUGGCACUGUUGGGUAUACCGCUCCUGAAAUUGUCAAGGAUGAAAGAUAUAGCAAGAGCGUUGAUAUCUGGGCGUUGGGAUGUGUACUGUAUACUAUGCUGUGCGGAUUUCCUCCGUUCUACGAUGAGAGUAUACCGGUACUCAGUGAAAAGGUUGCCAAAGGACAAUAUAGCUUUUUAAGUCCUUGGUGGGACGGAAUCAGUGACGCUGCAAAAGACUUGGUUUCGCAUCUAUUAGAAGUUGAUCCAUCAAAACGCUACACAAUAAAAGAAUUCUUUGAACAUCCAUGGGUUAAGAACGAGCCCACUCAAUCUUCGCCUCGGGCACCAUCCACGUUUAAUCCACUAGCAACUCCUUCAUCUCCACUACAAAUCGAAGAAAUCAUGAGUCCGACCACGUCAAAUGUGCUGCCCUUUUCGAACCCACCUGUACUCUCACCGGGCGUCCAACAACUAAAGGACGCGUUUGAUGUUUGUUAUACGGUACAUAGGAUAGAGGAAGAACGAGCACGGAAAAAAAUGCUGCGGAAAGCGCAACCGAAAGAUCUUCGUCAACAGAUAUUGGCCAGGAAUUUGGGAAAUAUGAACGAUCUCGACAAUGAUGAGGAGGAAGAAGUGGAUAAUUAUGAGAGGGAGAAUACAGAGAAGGGUCUAAGCUCUAAAUUCUCGGAUGACGAGGAUAGUGAUACCGAUUAUAUGGAUACUAGCGAUGAUAAUUACGUUCAAAACGAGGAAGGCUCGUCUUCGGCCAACCUAACUGAUUUCGGGUUAAAUUUAGAUGGCGCUACCCUACUUGGUCGACGAAGGAGGGAAAUAGAAGUUAGGGGGUAA